AUGACCGCAGCGUAUGCGUUCACAGACUACCAUUCUCAAGGACAGACGAUCACGUACGUUAUCGUAGACAUAACCACGUCACCUGGAGGGAGGAUGUCACUAUUCAACCUUUACGUCGCUCUCUCACGCAGUUCAGGACGUGAAACGAUAUGCAUCCUGCGUGACUUCGACGAGAUGACAUUCUUUCAGCCUAUCGAUGAGAUGUUGAUGAAGGAGGACGGACGGCAGGAGGAGCUGAACGUGAAAACGAAAGGCUGGUGGGAACAGAUGGAAAAUGGAAUGAAUGACAAUGGUGGAAACUGAUGUAUGUGUAAUCGCAGGGAAUGAGACAUCACCAACGGCGCCGAG